CAAUAACAUGUAUUUUAAAAAUUUAUGAUGUGAUGAAAAUGGGGUAGUCAUUUGGGAAGCAAACAAGGGAUGAUCAUAUUGAUAUGAGAGCACAUCCCCCUCCUUUUCUCUUUUAAAAUACCCUCAGAGUUUUGUAAAGAGGGCCAAAGGCAUUAGAAGAAAAGUAGAAUCAGAGGAAAGGCAAAGAGUGAGUAAAAAAAGAAGAAGGAGAAAGUGAGAAAGAAAGAUCAGAGAACAGAAAGUGAAAGAGGGACAAUGGUUUCAAGGGAGCACAAAAGAACUGCAGCCCUGCAUGAGAAACUGCAACAACUUCGUUCUAUUACUAACUCUCAUGCAGAAAAUGAUACUGGAAUCAUUAUUCACGCAUCAAAAUACAUAGAGGAGUUAAGGCAAAAGGUGGAUCGAUUAAACCAAGAUAUUGUAAACAGUCCACAAAGUUCUUACACCCAAGAUUCACCCCCUACGGUGACAGUGGAAACCCUAGAAAAAGGAUUCCUAAUAAAUGUUUACUCAGCAAAGAGUAGCCAACGUUUGCUAGUUUCAGUACUGGAAGCUUUUGAAGAGCUGAAUCUUACUGUAGUUCAAGCUAGGGCUUCUUGUACAGACAAUUUUCAAUUGGAAGCAAUAAGUGUGGAAGGUAAUGACGACAUUGGUGGAGAAAUGGUUGAUGCUGAGGUAGUAAGGCGAGCCGUAUUGCAAGCAAUUAGGAAUCUGAAUACAAGUAACACUGAUUAAUCAUCACUUAGCUUAAUUAAUUAUUAAUAACUUGCAAGCUUAGCGUAAAAUAUUUUGUACGGAACUUUAUUAUUAUAAUAAUAAUAAUAAUUAUUAUUAUUAUUAUGCUCACUAAUGAAAAGCAAGAUUUCUCGUGAGCUA